AUGACAACAACUCAAAUGAAAACACCGUUGAACCCCAAACCCUACAUCAAUGAAUUAGUCGGCAAGAAAAUUCUCGUCCGUCUCAAAUGGGGAAUGACCUAUACCGGUAUUCUUAUAAAUUUUGAUCAAUACAUGAACGUUCAAUUAGGCAAUGCUGUUGAAUAUAUUGAAGAGCAAAACAAAGGUCCAUUAGGUGAAAUUCUCAUUCGUUGUAAUAAUAUUCUCUACAUAUCCGGUGUUGAUGAAGCCGAAGAAGAUGAUGAUGCCAUGGCAUAG